AGUGACGCGUUCUUUUCCGGUGACAAAUGGUGAUUUGCGAGAGCGUCGUUAGUGCGGCGGUGAACGCAAAGUGCAAUGAUUCGAUCGCGUCAUCCCUUCGAGGAAUUGAAAGCGACGAAAAUGUCGCGGAAUUAACAACUCGCGAGUGAAUCUGCGCGACUGUUACAUCUGAUUUCCGAUUGACGAUCAAAAACAUCUUCCGUUUCUCGAUGAUAGUGAAAGCGACGUGAUAUCACGCGUCGCUCUUACCUUGCGCAUUCGAAAAUAGAGAUUUGGACAUGCGUUUAUGUAACGUGAAACAAAUAAUGUUGCAUUUGCACGUCGCGUUAUAGUGAAUGUGUUAAAAUAAAUGAUUAGAAAGGAGGCGUUGAAGCCUUAAUGCUCGGAGCUGCUCGUUUUAACUUAUACUUCGAGAACAUUUCUUCGACGUUACAAGUCUAUUCCCCACGAAAAGUAUCAUGGGUUGGAAGGGAAGAGGAAAGGUGGAAGGGGCUCCUUUCUCCAGAAGAUGUGCAAAACGAGUUCCUGUAGCAAGUCUUGUAGGUGGACUAUUUACAACGCUGUCUUCUGAUGUUAAAAUAAAGCGACUUGUAAGAUGAUUCAAAGUUUCCCGGAUAAUGCUGCUAUGGCAGAUGCGGUGGAAGAACGGCUGCGAAUUAUUCUCACUGAAGGACCUAAAAGUGUAAUGGACUUCGAGGAUAUGAAACCAGAAUUACCACCGUUUUACGACGAGAAGAAAUUUCAGUUGGGACAGCAAACGUUCUACAAUAAUGUUUUCUCCAUGAUGAUCGCGAAACUUUGCGGCCUUGUAUCCCUCUUAGCCAUUUCGACUAUAUUGGAUGUAGUUAUGUUUACCAAAAAGAGCAGUACUCCUUGUUUGGCGUAUCGCAGAUAUGCGGAGACGAUUCUUCAUACAGUCGUAUGGCAUGAAAAGGAUCCCAACGGCAAAACCAAUGAAUUCUUGGAAUCUCUAAAAAUCGUACGUCGAAAACACUGUAUUGCGUUCAAAAAAAGCACCGAGGCUGGUGUUCAUAAGCCAACGCAAUUGGACAUGGCACUCGCCCAGUUCGGAUUCAUCGGAUACAGUUUGGUGAGCAAGGAAUAUCUGGGAAUAAAUGCCACCCCCGAGGAAAUGGAAGGUGUAGUGCAUCUCUGGCGGGUCGUCGGCAGCAUGCUUGGAAUGGACGACAAAUUCAAUCUUUGCUCGGGAACUGUCGAAGAAUCCCGCGUUCUUUGCCAAAGAUUGUUGGAAGAUGUUUUCGUUCCUUCCCUGGCAAACAGGAACGAGCAUUUCAAUCAUAUGGGCACUGUGAUGCUGGAGAGCCUCUGGCCCAUAAACUUUAAUAUCGAGCCGCUAGCGUUCACUGCCUUUACACUUCACUUGGCUUCUUCUACUGCGCGUAACAAUAAUCAUUCCAUUGAAAUAGAUUACUCGAAGUUGCCGUUCUACAGUUGGUACUUGUUCAAUUUGCAACAUUUUGUGCUGAAGUACUUGAUGCGACCUAGUGCCUGGUGGUCCUCAUUCUUCCGUGCGUUUUUUAAUGGCUUAAUGCGAUACUCGAUAUACUUGCUAAAAAAUGUUUCCUAUCUUGCUUAUUGGAAAUUUGGGAAGAAGUAUGCAAGGAUCAAAAUAUUUCAUCAUCACUUUGAUUGAGAGUUUAAUCGAAGUAACAAAAGAUACCGGCAUUAUAAAAAAUUACAUUAAAUUGAGUACCAAUGAAAGAAAAGGCUUUAUAGGCGCAAUUAUGCAAUUUUAUUACCGCAUAUCUGUAUAAUUAUAAUUUUAUCUAAUUUGAAAAGCAGUAAAUGUUCCUACA